AUGGGCCUGCAGCAAGGGGAGACCGAGAGUCUCCGGGAUUACCUGACUCGUUUCAGCAACGAGUCAUCCAGCGUUUCUCAGCUGGACCAAGGGUUGGCUGUCUUUGCAAUGCAGAAUGGCCUUCAGCCUGGAAAAUUCCUUGACUUCAUGGUCAUGCAUACCCCGCAGACCCUAGAGGAGGCUCUGAACCCUUCGGAUAAAUUUAUCCGAGCUGAGGAGUGUAACAAAACAAAAUCCCAACCCCAAUCCGGGGGUGGGAAGCAAAAACAAUCGUCCAAAAGCCAAGCCAAGAAGGCGAAGGGUAAGGCGAAAGCCUCCGAACAAUCUUCGGCCAACGAGCCGAAGAAGGAAAAAUCUGCUCCCUUCACGGGGAGAUACGAAUCCUACACUCCGCUGGCCCUUCCGCGAGCUAAAAUUUACAGCGUGACGAAGGAAGAGCAGAGUUACAGGAAGCCGAGACCGCUCCCAGAGUUGUAUCAGCGCAAAAAUAAAAAAUCAGUGGUGUGA